CUGGCCUCGAACUUACAGAGAACUUCCUGCCUCUGUCUCCCAAGUACUGGAAUUAGAGGCAAGCGCCACCUCACCAGGCUCUUCCUCUUCUUCCUGCAUUCUUCCAGACCUGGUUCUGGGUGUCAUACCCCUCCCAGGUCUGUGUUUGUUCUCACCUGUGGGGGCUUCUCUGUUUCAUGCCUAUGAACUCCCUGAGCUUCCCGCUGCUCCCAUCUUUUUUUUCUGUCCUCGCCUGUCUGUGUUCUCAACCCUCUCUGCAUCCUUCACGUCCUUGGUCAGUCGCCCCUGGCCUGCCUGGCUCUCUGUCGCCCCUCCGCCCCCUGCCAGCCCAGUCACAAUCGCUCCAGGACGUCAGCGUGUGCUGCAGGUUCACGGCCCACUGGCCUGGCAGCCCAGUCCCGCCUGUGGCCCGCAGCCCCAGGGAGCCCGUGGGUUCUCGGCGGGUGUGCUGGGUGUCCCCCGCCCCGUGCACGGUUCUGCGUGUCCCGACGUGAGCGAGCAGUGGCCAUGGGCACACGCGGGCCCUAUGCGCUGGUGGACACCACGCCGGCCAAGACCAUCUUGGUGUACCGCAACGGGGACCAGUUCUACGUGGGCCGCAAGUUCGUGUUCUCGCGGCGCCGCGUCGCCAACUUCGAGGCUCUGCUGGAGCAGCUGACGGAGCAGGUGGACGUGCCCUUCGGCGUGCGGAGGCUCUACACGCCCACGCGCGGCCACCAGGUGCUAGAGCUGGACGCGUUGCAGGCCGGUGGCAAGUACGUGGCUGCGGGCCGCGAGCGCUUCAAGAAACUGGACUAUAUUCAUAUAGUUCCCAGAAAACCUUCAAAGAUGAAAAAGUUGAAGGAAAUCAAGCCGGUGGUACAUUGUGAUAUCAACGUGCCUUCCAGGUGGCAGACACAGAGCAGGACAUCCCGCCACAUAAAUGUUUUCACAAAUGGAAGAAUAUUCAUCCCACCUAUAAAAAUUAUUAUACCCAAAUUCAGCCUGUCAGAUUGGAAUAGUGUGCUGGCCAUCAUUGGAGAAAAAGUCUUCCCUCUGGGAGGCGUUCGAAAAUUGUUUACAAUGGAUGGGCAUCUUUUGGACAACUCAAAGGAUUUGCAAGACAAUUAUUUUUAUGUUGCUGCAGGACUGGAGACUUUCAAAUCUCUUCCUUACUGGAAGUCCCCACGGGUCCCCAGUGAGGUCCAGCAGAGGUUUGGAGGCAAUGAAAAAUACAUACAAACAAAGAAAAAAGUGGAGUUCAAAAGAAAAGAGCCUCUCAAAAGUGACAGUGUGCUACCUAAAAUCCAGGAUUCUGUUUAUUAUGCCAAAGAGAAAAAGAAGACACCCCUGGGACCUUUAGUUCAAAGUGGUGCAGAAGGUGACGUGUAUAAAGCACAGACUCCCGCUAAGGAGGCCCAAGAAGCACUGGAAGUCAAGGAGGACCCAGAGGUGAAGGUGGAGAUGCCGGUUGACCAGGUACCAGCCGAAAUUGUUAAAGAAAUUGAUGAGAUAGGCAACAACAACCUGGAACUGGAAAGUGGUGUGGAGAAGGAAGUGGAGAGGCUUUAUGAAGACAUUGACAGAAAGAGAACAUGGGACAUGCAUGGAGAUAUGAAGGUCAGUUAUGUAAUCAAGCUAUCAUGGGUCAGGUAGUGGCUCUGCCUAGAGCCACAAGUGGGGUCCACAGUUACCGGGAUGGUGGCUAUGGGAACCAUACCUUAAAAGCUCAGGCUCUGCUUACUGCUCUGUUCGUUUGAUUGCUUAGCCAUAACAAAAUCCAACUCCAGAAUCUUCAUAAAGCCUCCUCAGUGCUGCUGUUUUCAUUGCAUUGACCGAUUUCUAGAAGAAUGUCCAGAGUGCUGGGGUGGGUGGCUCUGUGAGUUGCCGUCUCUGUAGAUGAUAACACACCGACAGCCAUGCUAGGUAGCCCUGUGUGCUGUGUCAGCCCAUCUCUAAGCUCCAUGGGGAGUGAUUUUCCCUCUGCACACUUUGCACUUUUAUCACCAUUUUCCAUGUUGGCAGGCUUGAAGGUCAGUGAGACAUGGACUUUCAGGUCCUGUAAAGUAUGACCUCUCUGUUUAAGAUGGCGCUUGCGUGAUUGUCUGCAAGCCAUUGUUAAGCGGCACAAUG